CGAGGAGUUCCGAAUGUCUAGCCCAACGUCCCAUUCUGCACUACACUUGUGAAAAAUGAAUAUUUUACCACAUAAAAGCUGGCAUGUACGCACAAAGAAGAAUAUUGAGCGUGUACGAAGAGAUGAGGCAAAAGCAGCAGAUGAGGAGAAAGAAAGGCAAAGAAAGAUAGCUCUUGCUGAACAAGAGGCUAGAACAGACUUGCUACGAAAAAGGGCCAGAGACAAAGAUGGAACAGCCAUUGAAGACUCAGCCAACAAAAGACGAAGAAUUGAAGAAACUCCUGGCAACAGCAGUCUUGCAGAACCAUCUGGUGACCGUCUUGUAGCCCCUGGCAGUAGCAGUAUCGCAGAAACAUCCAGAGACCUCUACACCGCCACAGGGCACAUCAAUUUCUUCAAGGAACUUGAGGCAGGGGAGGAGAAACAAGGGACCAAUAAGGAUCAUGAGGCGGAGAAAGCUGCGGAGAAAGAGAAGUGGGAGAAGGAUAUAGGCCUGCUUACAUACCUCGGCCAGAGUGCUGUUGAGACACAAGAGAAAACACCCUGGUACCUUGCAAAAAGAAAAGAAUUGACUAAAGAGGAGAAAUUUGAUGUAAAGGACCGUAAGUUAAAGGAGAGCCAUGAUCCACUGAGACAGAUGUCCUCGUACCUGCACACCAAACACAAGCACACGGACAGACACAAAGACAGUUCACACACGAAAAAGCAUAAAAAGAAGAAAAACAAGGACAAAGAAAAACAUAGAAAGAGUUCAUCAUCCAGUAAAACCAUCGAACAGCUGCGUGCAGAGAGGUUAAAACGUGAGCAGAUGGAGAGACAGAAGGUCAGAGAUAUGUUCUCUGGUCAGGGGUCAAAGGUCAAGGACAUUGAAGAGCCAAUCAGUGAGAGGGACAGGGGAUAUAACUCUCAGUUUAACCCAGAAUUUGUGAGAAAACCAAAACGUAAAAGACCUCAUGAGUUCACUGAUAGAUAUUAAUUUAAACAUUUGAUCUGCACAUAAUUGUUCAUGUAUUUAUAAUGUUGGCUUAAACUGUUGAACUUUGUAGAUUGUUCUUAGCUUGCCGUUUUUUCGGAGUGAAAUGAGUUGUGAUAACCUUCGUGUGGUCAGGUUUAACCUUGGGCACAACUCAAAAAUGUUCAAGUUAUUCUGUUGAAACUGUAGUAUGUAUGUUGCAUGAGACUAUAUGCACACAUGUAGCAAGGCCAAACAACUCUGACUGAAAUAAGUGUUGUAUUGUGUCCCCUUUUUUACUGAAAAAUAACAGAGGAGCGUUGGCAUCCGCUUGCAGUGCUCUUGUUUACAUAUAAGGUACCUAUAGAUUUUAUAAUUUUCAUCUGUUUUAUUUCUAAAUAAGUGUCUUUUUUGUUGUAUAAAACAAAAUAAAAUACAGAAAUACC